GCAGUGAUGGCCAGCAUAUUGCAGUCACAUGGGCCGUGAAUUAUCCGAUAGCUAGGCCUAGUGUUGGCUUACUGUUGUUUUUCUUUACACAGCCAGUUUAUUUUUCAACGAUAUUUUCAUAAUGUGACACAAUGUAGCAACUAUACCUUCAGAUGUAGAUGUUGAUUGGGGGAAGAGUGUACAUCACUUUAUUUCUGUAGCUAAAUAACCUAGGCCUAGCCAGAUAAAGCAAGCCACAGAACCAAGCCAAGGCCCAGUCCAGCGCGUCUUCAUCGUAUUGGGCUGCUGCAGACUAGAUAGGAAGUCUCGAUCUUGGUUUCUAUUGUAAUCAUUUUUGUGUGUUGAUUUGUGUAUUACUUGAGGAAUUAACGUGUUUCCCAAUGGAGGAAGGAUUAGCAGCUCCACCAAAAGCCUCCUUCUUUCUGGGUGGUGAGGAGGCAGUGGCUCAGUCAUUCAGUAGUGAGGACUCCUGUGACAGUUUUAGUCGUGGGAACAUGAGUAGCACAGACAGCAUUAAAAUUAUUAUCGGAAUUUGUGCCAUGAAAAAGAAAUCGCAUUCAAAACCAAUGCAUGAGAUUUUAGAUCGGCUUGGAAAAUUUGAAGGCAUCACGAUUGAUAUUUUUGAUGAGGAGAUGAUCUUGAAGGAACCGGUGGAGGACUGGCCGCAUUGUGAUUGCCUGAUCUCGUUCUUCUCUACUGGGUUUCCAUUGGACAAAGCAAUUGCCUAUUCUCAACUUAGGAACACCUAUGUUAUUAAUGAUCUCCCUAGCCAGUACAAGUUAAGAGACCGGAGGGAAGUUUAUAGGAUUUUGAAGGAAGAAAGCAUAGGGUUACCAAGGUAUGCAGUUUUAAACCGAGAUAUUAACAGUGUUCCAGAAGAAGAAGAAAUAUCUGACAAUGAUGAUCAAAUCGAAGUUUGUGGCAUGACGUUCCAGAAGCCUUUUGUUGAGAAACCUGUUGAUGCUGAAGAUCACAACGUAUACAUUUACUACCCUCAGUCUGCAGGUGGAGGCAGCCAGAGAUUAUUCAGAAAGAUUGGUAGUCGUAGCAGUGUCUACUCAUCAAACAGCUCCCUAAGAGACCGGGGUUCAUUUAUCUAUGAAGAAUUUAUGCCAACUGACGGGACAGAUGUCAAGGUGUACACUGUUGGGCCAGACUAUGCACAUGCAGAAGCUAGGAAGUCCCCAGCACUUGAUGGGAAAGUUGAACGUGACAAAGAUGGCAAAGAAGUGCGAUACCCUGUGAUAUUGACGAAUCAGGAAAAGCUGAUUGCAAGAAAAGUAUGCUUAGCAUUCAAGCAAACUGUUUGUGGUUUUGAUUUAUUGAGAGCAAAUGGAAAAUCGUAUGUAUGUGAUGUAAAUGGAUUCAGCUUUGUCAAGAAUUCCAAGAAAUAUUAUGAUGAUUGUGCAAAGAUACUUGGAAACAUGGUAAUGCGUAAGAUGGCACCCAAGUACAACAUUCCAUGGGAAAUAUUCCGGCUGGAAGAGGAAAUCCCAAUGGUCCCAACAACAUCUGGAACAAUGAUGGAACUGCGGUGUGUAAUUGCAGUUAUUCGUCAUGGUGACAGAACACCAAAGCAAAAGAUGAAAAUGGAAGUCAAACAUCCAAAAUUUUUCCAGCUAUUUGAGAAGUAUGAUGGAAUGACAAAAGGUAAAAUCAAAUUAAAACGGCCAAAACAGUUGCAGGAGGUGCUGGAUGUUGCAAGGUAUCUCCUCGAGGAAUUACAGCGGCAAAAAGUUGGCGAAAAACGAGAGAUAUGCGAACGAGAAUCAAAGCUAGAACAGCUGAAGGCUGUCUUGGAGAUGUACGGCCACUUCUCAGGAAUCAAUCGCAAAGUGCAGUUGAAAUAUCAACCAAACGGAAACCCAAAACAUUCAAGUAGCGAAGAAGAACUGGCAAAACCAGUAUCAGAGCCAAGGAAUGAACCGUCUCUAUUAUUGAUUCUUAAAUGGGGUGGAGAAUUGACUCCCACUGGUAGGAUUCAGGCUGAGGAGCUGGGACAGGCUUUCAGGUGUAUCUACCCAGGUGGCUCAGGUGAUUAUGCUGGUUUUCCUGGCUGUGGUUUGUUGAGGCUCCACAGUACGUAUCGACACGACCUGAAAAUCUACGCAUCAGAUGAGGGCAGAGUUCAAAUGACAGCUGCAUCAUUCACUAAGGGUAUGCUGGCACUGGAGGGGGAGUUGACACCAAUUCUAGUGCAGAUGGUAAAAAGUGCCAACACUACCGGACUCCUGGACCAUGAUAAGGAAUCCAUAUCAUUGCAAGGAAAAGUGAAAUCCAAGCUAUACGACAUGUUCAGCAACCAGAAGUUCCAAGCAUCAGAUUUUGAUAAGUUGAACCCAUGUGGCCAGAAGUCAAUCACUGAAUCAAUGAUGUUCAUUAAAAAUCCAUUUGAGAAAUGCCAACAUAUUCUUGGCCUUAUUCGGUCGUUAAUCAGUUUGAUUAAACAGAAGAUUCAAGAUCCCUCCUCCAAAGGUGUAGUACUUUACCAUAACGAAACAUUGGAGUUAAUGCUGAGACGAUGGGCUAAGCUUGAGAAAGAUUUCUUUAUGCAGAAGAAGAGUCACUUCGACAUCACCAAGAUCCCCGACAUAUAUGACUGCGUCAAAUACGACAUGCUGCAUAAUAGAUCAUUUAUAGAGAGUGAAGACCUCUGGGGCCUCUAUGCUUGUGCACAGGCAAUGGCUGAUGUGAUCAUCCCUCAGGAAUAUGGAAUUACAGCCAAAGAUAAACUUGAUAUUGGAACUGGAAUAUGUACUCCACUCCUCCAGAAGAUUAAAGGUGAUCUGAUGCGCAACAUUAAAGAUGAGGAGUUCACCUCUCGUUUGAACCCACGGUACACACGUGAUGUGAUGACACCUGAUCGCCAUGUGCGUUCUCGGCUUUAUUUCACGAGUGAGAGUCAUAUCCAUUCUCUGCUAUCUUGCAUACGCUAUGGCGGCUUGUGUGAUGAAACCAGCGACCCGCAGUGGAAACGCGCCAUGGAAUACCUGAGCGCAGUGCGAGAACUAAACUAUAUGUCACAGAUUGUUAUCAUGCUGUACGAGGACCCCAAGAAAGACCCGUCAUCAGAGGAUAGAUUCCAUGUUGAAUUGCACUUCAGCCCAGGGGCACGAGGCUACGAGGAUAACUUUGAAGUGCCGGAGAGUUGUGGCUUUCGGCCUAGCUAUAGUAGGAGCAAGGCUGCAGUCCCAGACGUUGAAGUUGAUUCUAUGGACGACCUUGUAAGCGCUGCUGAGGAUGUGUUCUGCAUGAGUCCAAUGGAAGAAGAGAGCCAACAAGUAGGCUUCUCUCCUCCUACCAACUUCAUCAACCCUCACAGAGGGAGGAAGAGUUACCCAGAGAUUUCAGUUGCCAAUCGAGAAAGAAAAACUUCCGAUAACAGCACACCACCUCCUCGGAAUGAAGGAACACCACCAAAGUUUUUUAGUCGUGAUUUUCUAGAUGAUAAGCAUUCGCAAGUUGGUCCUCAAACAAGUCUGUUCAGCAAGGGUCUGUUAAACGUUCACAGCGUACCCGAUUUGCCAAGCCAUGGUCAUGAAAAUGAGGGCGCAUACAAAAGGAGGUUUACUGAAUUCAGUAUUCUUCCAGGAUUUGACAAUGGAGCAUCAAUGCCAUCAAUACGACCGUUAGAAACCUUACACAACUCUUUGUCACUGAAACAGGUUGAUUAUUUCCUUGAGAAAGUCACAAGCCUAAAUUCGUGCCGAACCAAUCUUGAAACACCGCCACCAAGCACCUUCAAACUGAAUACCUUUACUCCGAAGCGUGUUCUCCCAACCACCUUGGUGUAUAAAGACGGUGAAGCCUCGCUCUUAAGCAGAUCCUCAUCCAAUCCAUCAUCGAAUGUCUCAAGCGCCUUGCCGUCACCAACGGAAAACCGUUCGUUUGAUUUCCCCGAAUUCUUCAAAAGCCUGGACUUCAAUUCAUUGGACAAUGUAGACGGUCCUGAAUCAGGCCUCCGAGGUUCGAGCUCAGAACAAGCCCUGUCUAAGCACACAUGGAAUGAUCUCUCAUUGCUCACUCCUCCGGAUCUAACCCCAGGAUCAUCCCCUAAAGAUCAUUAUCCACGAUUAGAUGGUCAUUAAACCAAAAUUAUCCUCCGCCAUCUUUCUAAUCAUCUUAUUGAUUUUAAGAAUAACUGAAAAAUCAAGGAAUGAAAAUUUAAAAACCUAACAUGUUUUGUAUUAAAGAAAAAGCUUGUAUCAGAAUCCUUGACAUCAUCAUUUAACAGAUUAAUAAUCAUUCUUGAUUAAAUUUAUGACCACACUAUAUCCUGCUAUCUCUGUUAGGUACCGAGGGUACAUAUUAAUUAUUAUUAUCUGUUUAGUAUGGUGAUUAGCAUUUGUUCGUUUGGUCCGUGAUCAAAUAGAUCCCUGUAAUCUAAUUUUAGAGUAUCAAGUGUUUGUGCAAUCAUCCUAAUACAAAAUGUGUUCACUUGAGCUAAUGAAAUUUGUGCAAGAAGUGACUGAAAAAUAUGAGACUGCUGAUGUGUAUAAUAGCUAUGUAAAUUUGUAUAAAUAAUAGUGAUUUUGUAUAAUUGGUAUUAAAACGAUGUAUUUAAUGCCCAGUAAUUUAACUGGAAAAAAUAUUCUGUGACUACUGCCAUUUAGGUUUUUAAACCACUAUUUAAAAAUUGAAUUAUAUGUUUGUCCUGUACUACAAAAUUUAAACUAAACUGAAAUAGCUGCUGUUUGUCAACAUCAAGUAUUGUACAUUGUUAGCUUAGCACCAAUCCUUCUAAUCUCAGUGUCCUGGGUUGAAGUCCUGCCAUCUUCAUUCCAAAGGCUUAAAUAGACCAAUGUACAGAAUGUUUCAAAUAUUAGAAUACACUAAGUAAGUUAAAAAUUGCUUUUUAAUGUGUUGCAUAAAGGGAUAAUAUAUACAGUACUUUAAAGCAAAACUGAUUGUAUCCUGAAUUCUCCAAAAAUAUUUCCUUGAAAUAUGCCUAUGAAUAAAUUCACUGCUAUUCCAUA